CCAAGAUGUGUGAAUAUGCACUGGUGCACUACAGAGAUGGGAAAAAGCCAUCUACAAUUGGCAGUUACCAGUUUUGGAUGAUAUGAGGCUGCCUGCUUGGUUCAAAAGUGCCCUUUUCAAUGAGACCUACUACAUAUCUGAUGGUGGAACAGUCUGGUUACUUCCUGACAAAAAAGAAGUUUUCACUUCUGAAUCCGACCCAAGAUCAGAGUUCGGACGCUUUGGGUACUUGGAAGGACACGAGUAUCGCAUGUACAACACGUACGAUGUGCAUUUCUAUGCGUCGUUUGCGCUGGCCCAUCUCUGGCCCAAACUGCAAGCCUCCAUCCAGUACGACUACAGGGACACCAUUCUGCUCGAAGACCGAACUAGAACCUGGUUCCUAUACAACGGCGAAAUCGGCAUGAAAAAGAAAAAGUCAGCUGUUCCACACGACAUGGGUGAUCCAGGUACAUUUCUACCUUUUCCUAUAUGUACAGUAAACGUACAUGCCUAUUGUGGAGGUCUGUGGGUGGCCUCACUGUUCGCUAUGCAUAAGAUGGCGGAAGAACUAAAUGCGAAAGAUGCGUCCAAAUCGUUCAAAGUGGAUUAUGAAAAAGCAAAGAUCGCUUAUCAGGCUAAACUCUGGAACGGUAUUUCCAGAGCAAAGUGUGAGAGUGCACUUCAAAUGAUCUACAAAAUGAACGUACAGAGUUUCUGCAAGGGGGAAAUGGGUGCAGUGAAUGGCAUGAAGCCCAAUGGCAGUGUUGAUCGAUACGCCAUUCAGAGUGAGGAGGUCUGGACUGGAGUCACCUACGGUCUGUCGGCCUUAUUCAUCCAUAAGGGAAUGAAUACGGAAGCAUUCAGUACAGCUGAAGGGAUUUACAAUACCGUCUACAAUCAAAUCGGCCUCGGAUUCCAAACACCAGAAGCUCUGUACGAAAAUUGCAAUUAUCGUUCUAUUGGCUAUAUGCGUCCGUUAUCCAUAUGGUCUAUUUAUAAUGCUUGGGUCAAGACAAAUGAGGUUUAAAUGCGAACAUUCCAGGUUUUGAAUAUUAUAUUUAUAUUUUUUACUUACAUGGUAUUUGAGGAAACUUGCUUCUGCUCUUGGACAGCACACGUGUCUUAGUCAGUCAUUUUUCUUCUAUGAACUUUUUUUGUAUUGAAAUGUGAGAAUUAAGAUUUUGUAAACCCACCAAUACUACCUAGAUAAUAUGUUAAUUUUAAUAAAAUUAAUUAUAAUAAUAAA